GUCCAGACGAUAUAAAAGCUGUCGGUACCGAGCCGAUCAGGCAUCAGUUCCAUUUCUCACCGAACCGGCGAAAGUAAUCCUGUGCGAAACGAGUGCCUGAAUCCUCUGUCAUCGGAAUAAUGAAGCUGUUUGUUGCCGUCUUUGCCCUGCUAGCUGUGGCUGCAGCUGAUUUCACCGUCCAAACAACCGAAGAUCUGCAUCGCUACCGGAACGAAUGCGUGACGGCACUGAACGUCCCGGAGGAUCAUGUGACCAAGUUCAAGAAGUGGCAGUUCCCCGAAGAUGAUACUACCCAGUGCUACAUCAAGUGCAUAUUCAACAAGAUGCAGCUGUUCGAUGACACCGACGGACCGCUUGUGGACAAUCUCGUACAACAGCUAGCCCAUGGCCGGGAUGCCGACGAAAUCCGGGCCGAGAUCCUCAAGUGCGUUGACAAGAACAGCGACGGAAACGUGUGCCAUUGGGCAUUCCGGGGAUUCAAGUGUUUCCAGCAGAACAAUUUGUCGCUGAUUAAGGCCAGCAUUAAGAAGGACUAAGUCGAUCGGUCGCAUCUGGGAAAUGGUUUUGAACGUUUGGUUCGCAGUGGGAAGAUGGUUCGGCUGAGCGUUGUGCUGAAAGAAGUGAAAGAUGGAAAUCAAAUAAAGUGAUGUUACUAUUGAGCAAA